AUGUCGUAUCUUCGACCCCUUAUUCUAUCAGAAAGCCCGGCUGAAGGCUCCGGCAACACAAUUGCCGAUCUCAUUAUCAAUGGAAAGCUACCUGAAGCCCACAAGGCUCUCUCCGACGCCACCGACUCUCCCGAAACAGACCUGUUGAAGGCAGCUGCCCUGAUCCAGUCUUUCAUCCAGGUCAACUUUACUGGGCCCCAGAUCGAUGGCCUGAUCCCAGAGAACACGUCUGGCUACACACAGAAGGAUCUUUCUGCCUCCAACGAGCCUGCCAAUGUCCUUACCAAGGCUGCUCAUCUUCUGGUGGAAGCCCUGAAGCUCCUGCGAGCCCUAGUGGAGAAGCAAGAAGGCGAACUGCAGUCCUACUCCCAGUGGUGGCUCACACGAGCUCUGGUUAUCCAGCAGUCUCUGCUGUUUGCUGACGCCAGUGAGAUUCACGACUCCUUGACCGAGCUCUUUCCCAAGUUCAAGAAGCUGGUGGAAAGCGAUUCUGAACUCGCCACCCGAUACUACCUCGAGAAGGCCCGAUCUGAGCUCAUGUACGACUACGACUCCAAAGCUGAGCAGGAUCUCAAGCUCGGACAGAACGCCAGUGGUCUGCUUCUGUCUCUUACUGGUUUUAUGGCCAAGCGAACCAAGUUCCAGACUGUCGAGCACCCUGUCCUUCUUUUGCUUGCCAAGAGCAGAAAGGAAAUCACAGCUUCCGGUGAGGAGAUCCAACUUCCCGAAGCAUUGCCUCUCAACUCGGAUCUCUUCCUGGAGAAGCCUCUUUAUUCGGCCAUGGAGGGCGAAAAAGAUCCUGACAGUCCUUUCUACAGAAAGAUUGAUCCUGGCCUUCAGGACAUUGACCCCAACGCCCAGCCUCCUCUCAGAGACAUUGAUUCCGCUCUUCUGAUGCUCCGAGAACAGUACAUUCGACAGUGCCAGGCCACUGACGCUCCCUUCGUCAAGGAAGAGCUCUCUGCCUACGUGCAGCGACUUAUCUACGCCCCCAGCUGUUCAGUCAACUGGCUUCUCUUCUCCCGAGCUCUUUGGGAGAGAUCUGUUCUUGAAUCUGACAGCCCAAAGACCGUUGAGCGAGGUAUUCUGCAGAUGCAGGCUCUCGUGGACGAGCUUGGACACAGCGCAAUGACAUACAUUCCCCGACUUGAGGAGGCUGACAAGGCGGAGGAGGAGAAGCUGGCUUCCCCUGCAUCUCGACUUCGGUACGUCCAUCAGGCCAUGCCUCUUCCUUCCUGGAGCAUGGAUGCUCUGUUGGCUGAGAAGUACCUGUCUAUCGGCUCUCUUAAGACUGCUCUUGGGCUGUACGAGAGACUGCAAAUGUGGGCCGAGAUGGCCAUGUGUCUAGCUGCUGUCGACAAGCAGGAGGAGGGUAUUGCUAUUCUGCAGAAGCACCUGGACGAGAAUCCUGACGAUGCUCGAGGCUGGUCCGUUAUGGGUGACAUUACCCUUAAGCCCGAGUACUGGGAGAAGGCAUGGAAGCUUGGCAAGUACGCUCCAUCCAAGCGAUCGCUUGGCCAGUGGUUCUACAUGCCUCCCAAGGGCGUUGAGCGAAACCUGGAUCUCGCCAUCAAGCAUUUCAACGAAUCUCUGCAUGUGAACCCUCUGCAUCUCAACACCUGGUUCCUGUAUGGAUGUUGUGGUCUUGAGACCGAGCAGUACGAGCUUGCUGCCGAGGCCUUUACCCGAUGUGUUUCUCUGGACGAGACUGACCCCAAGGCCUGGAGCAACUUGUCCACCUCUCUUCUUCGACUGGGCAAGAAGACCGAAGCUUUCAACGCUCUCAAGAAGUCGACCCGUGCUGCAUCUGAAAACUCCGACUGGAGAAUCUGGGCAAACUACGUGACAGUGGCCAUUGAGCUGGAGGAGUGGAACGAGGUUCUGCGAGGAACCAAGAACAUCAUCGCCAUUAUGGGCGAGAAGGAGGGUGAGAAGGCCAUUGAUGUGCCUGUUGUGGAGGCCCUGGUUUCCAUUCUAGUAACUACGGAGUUCCCUCGAGCUGUGGAUGGUCCCGAUGGCGAGGAGAUUGCUCCCCGACUCUCCUUCUUCCAGAAGGAGUGCAUUGAUCUCACCUGCAACCUCAUCCCCAAGCUGCUCACAUCCAACGCUCGAUUGUGGAAGGCCAUUGCCAAGGUCGAGAUUUGGCGAAAGCGACCUUGGGCUGCUCUCGAGUGCUUUGAGAAGGGCUUCCGAGUCUACACUCACUCUCCAACUGUCCAGGAGCAUGAGAAGGUGUUUGCUGACGCCGUCGAGUUCCUUGGCGAACUGUGCGAGGCUUACGAGAACUUUGGAGAGAUGGAGGGUCGAAAUGGAGGCGAGGUGUGUCCUGACUGGAAGUACAAGUGCAAGAGUGCCGUGCGGGUGCUUGUUGGACGAGGAAAGAACUACUGGGAAGAGACUAAAGCUUGGGAGGAUCUCAUGACUCUCAAGGAGAACCUUCCUAAAUAA